AUGGCCGCAGCAGACCGCAUAGAUCGUGAUGAUCUGACAGCCAGGGUUCUUCCUCAGAUGAGCCUGUGGUCUCGCACUUCACCAGCUCCAGGGAUUGAGAAGCCAGCCGCAGGUGCUAAUCCUGCCGUGGAACGAUUCCGCGUAUCAGGAAAUGCUAUUGUUACCGGCGGCGCUGGUGACCUUGCUUUUACCAACGUUCGUGCACUGCUUCAGCACGGUCUGGAGGGAUUGGCCAUCUUCGAUGUCAAUAAAGAUGAAGCUGAAGUUCGAAUUGGGAAGCUGGAAGAAGAAUUCCCAUCUGUGCCAAUCACCUUCCAGAAGGUUGACAUCACCAAUCCUGAGGAGGUCGACAAGGCUGUGGAGGAAGUUGUCAAGACUUUGGGUUCGGUGGACAUUCUGAUCACGUUUGCUGGCAUUGUCAGUUGCCAUCACUCUCUUGAUGUGUCUGUGGCGGAGUUCCGGAGAACAAUUGACGUGAACACAACCGGUGGCUUUAUCUGUGCUCAAGCCGUCGCUCGGAGAAUGGUGGCAGCCAAGACAGGUGGUCGCAUUAUUCUCAUCGCUAGCAUCUCCGGCCAUACCGUGAACUUUCCGCAGCCUCAAGCAGCUUACAACACAUCCAAGGCUGCAGUGCGGAUGCUGAAGAGCUCUCUCGCUGCUGAAUGGGCAGUGCAUGGUAUCAGGGUGAAUAGCAUUAGUCCUGGCUACAUGGACACGAUUUUGAACGCAGGAGACGGUCUUGAGGAGGCUAGAGGUAUUUGGAACGACCGCAACCCUCUCGGAAGAAUGGGGUUUCCCGAGGAGUUGACCGGCGUUGUAGUUCUUCUGGCGAGCAAGGCUGGUAACUACAUCAAUGGCUCCGACUUCGUUGUGGACGGUGGCCAGACUUUGUUCUAA